CCGCCGCGGGAGAGGAGCGUCAASAUGACCACGUUAGCGAAGGGAAGGCGAGGUGUUGAAAAAACGUCUAAAACUUGUGCGGCAACUUUCUGGAAAGUCUUUCCUCACCUGACGCUGUGCGGCACCCUGGUCCUGUACGCCACGCUGGGCGCGCUCAUCUUCCAGCUGAUUGAAGGACGCAGCGCAUCCAGCCAUGAAGAAGAAUACAACACUUUCCUGGAGAGGGUGGUCGAGGAGGUCCAGAGGGACACCAAUACUGGCUGCAACACAACAACAAUAGUGGAAAAUGUGAAGGGAAGGAUGGAAAAUUUCUCCUUAGUGUGGCUCCAGAGUCCCAGCAGAUGGACCUUUGCUGAAUCCUUGUUCUUCUGCUGCACAGUUUUCACCACAGUUGGGUAUGGAGAGAUCUAUCCAGUUACUCUGACUGGUAAGGUGGUCUGUGUCAUCUACGCCUCGGUGGGGAUUCCUCUCAUGCUUCUUGUCAUUCUUGAUGUGGGGGAUUUUCUUGCUUUGGUGAUGUCCAGGGCCUACAGCAAAUUCCACAAACUCUGUAAAGCUUUCCGCUCCUACACCUGGCCACCACGGAAGUCUUGGAAGAGAGAGGCGGAUUCAGACUUCCAGAACCUGGAGGGCGACGGAUUUGCUUUGGGCCAGGACAUCGUCAUCUGUAAACCCCUCGACAUCCGGCAAGUGAUGCACAGCCAGGCUGACGUUCGAAACAAGUCCAUCCGUCUUCAAAAGAACAAAGGCAUAUUUGAAAAGAUUAUUGCAAGGGAAGAUUUAGUGAGGAAAAGCCCACUGCUCCGGUCCAUCUCCUGUCCAGAACUAGAACGUCCAUAUAAAUUUCCCAUAUGGGACUUUUCAGGAUUAGGUGAUGGAAUGGAAACGUUGGAUGUUCCCUUUCUACUGAUUCUUUUUGUUGUAACUUUAUACAUUUGCUUAGGUGCAAAUGUCUUGACAAUGUGGGAAAAGAGUUUCCUUGGAUUUGAUUCAUACUACUUUUGCUUCAUCACACUGACUACCAUUGGGUUUGGCGACAUUAUACCCAAACAUCGAGAAUACUUUAUGCUUAUUUCCCUUUUUAUUAUUAUUGGCAUGGCCAUCAUGUCCAUGGCUUUCAAGCUCAGCCAAACAAGAAUUGUAAGCGUUUACCGUAAGUGCAUCCARUUUAUAAGCAGAGGAAAUGCUGAGAAGUUUGAUACAGAAAAGAACAAUUAGGUGGUUUUAUAAUUUUCUGCAUCACGUGAAGAGUCGGAACAGAAACCUGUAGAAGACUGAUUAAAUGUAAYCUUUAAAUUCAGGAGGUAAAAGCAAGAGUAUAAUAAUAAUUUUCUGAGAGAAUCUUUUGCCCAGUAGAGCACUAUUUCACAGCUAAAAUCCUCUCAGCGUGCCGCGCUACACAGAAAAACGUAAACCAGUUCAGUUGAAGCCCAGUUUUAUGUGGUCUAAUUCAAUUCAGUUCAAUUAGUCAUAUUACAAUUCAUAUAUUUACAGUAAAAAAUAAAUCCAGAUGAAAUCACACAGGAUGGGCUGUGGUGUUUGCGGACAACAUUUUGACCUAUAAUGAGAGUAGGAGGCAGGUGGAAGAGAGAACAAAGAGGUGGAUGUGUGCUCUGAAGAGAAGAAGAAGGAAACUCAAACAGACGAGGGCUGAAACUUUUCCUUGAAUAAUAAGAGUAAUUCGAUUACUAAAAAUCCAAGAGGCAAAUUAUCUGCCUCGAAGCUUCAUAAAAUAGAAAAUAUAAUGUUGUAAUCAGUGCACUUUUGUCUGACCAGAAUGUUAGCGCUUCCGCUACAGUUGGUGCUGCUGUUGAAGCAUGAAUACUAAGUGCUAUAUUUAGCUGCAGAAGGAGACGAAGAGUCCCAAAAUGAAGCGUUCAGAAAACGACAGAAACUGUAAAAAGCAUGGGAAUAUUUUAAGCUAAACAGAAAAGACUACCACGCGCUGCACGCCCUCUAUGUUUCUGCAAUGGAACAAAAACAGCUGAUGCAUGUACCGAAUGCAUUCCGAGUUAACAACAGGUUGUUUACAUUCCCUUUGUAAAAUACGUUUAUCUGAAACAGUGAUAAUCUGUUACAGAUGUAAAAGCAGGUAUAUUCUCUAAUAUUACAUGUACUGACUAAUCAYAGCAGCUACCUGGCAGAGUAUUAUUUCACAGUGUGUUUAUCACACAGUUGUGUGAUGAAAACAAGACUUACUGUACGUGUGUCAAAUAUACAUAAAAUUACAGCAACAUAGAUAUGAAAUAUGGAGAGCUGUUUCAUUCAAAAUGAAAUAAAUAAACAAAUAAAUAUGGUAUUUUUAUUUUAU